ACGUCACCGUCAGCUAAUGUCAAACACGGAUUAAAGAUGGCGCCCUCUCACGCACUAAGGUGCUGUAAACGGGCUCUGAAUUGGGUACCUGUCCUGUUUAUUAACCUGGUCGUCGGCUGGUCCUAUUACGCCUACGUUGUGGAGCUGUGUGUUUAUACAAUCCCAAAUAAUGCUGAACGAAUCAGCUACUUGGUUAUCUUUCACAUUUUCCUCGCCAUGUUCAUAUGGGCCUACUGGAAAACUAUCUGGUCCAAACCAGCCAAUCCCUCAGAAGCAUUCAGUCUACCCAGGGCAGAGAAGGAGCUGUAUGAGAGAGAAGAGCGAGCUGAGGCCCAACAAGAGAUCCUGAAGAAAGUGGCGAGGAAUUUACCCGUGUACACACGCACAGCUGGAGGAGCCAUCAGAUACUGCGACUUCUGUCAGGUAAUCAAGCCUGAUCGCUGCCAUCACUGCUCAACCUGUGAAAUGUGUGUGCUGAAAAUGGACCAUCACUGCCCCUGGGUGAAUAACUGUGUUGGAUUCUCAAACUACAAGUACUUUGUCCUGUUUUUGUCCUAUGCGUCACUCUACUGUGUAGUGAUUUGUGCAACAGUCAUCCAGUAUUUCAUCAAAUUCUGGACCAAACAGCUGCCUGACAACCAUGCCAAAUUCCACAUCUUGUUUCUUUUCUUUGUGGCGGCUUUGUUCUUCAUCAGCAUCGUGUCACUUCUCGGAUACCAUCUGUGGCUCGUGGGAAAGAACAGGACCACUAUAGAGGCUUUUAGGGCUCCUUUUUUCACAAAUGGGCCAGAUAAAAAUGGGUUUUCUCUGGGAUUUAGCAGAAAUGUAGCUGAGGUGUUUGGAGACCAGGCAAAGUACUGGUUUUUCCCUGUUUUCUCAAGUCAGGGUGAUGGGCAUUCCUUUGUCACCAGAUUGGUACAGAUAGAUCCUGAGCAAGCCAACAGUGUCCUCCAGCAGAAUGGCAAAGGGCCUGCUGAUGGAGAAGCUAACCCGCAUGUCCUCAGCAAUAAUGUUCAGCACACAGAAGAUGGCAGCAAAGAGAAAAUGAAUGGCGGACAGACUGUCUCCGUGACAAUAGAAAACGAGCAGUAGACGACAUGUGUAUCUCAACUACGAUGCCUUAAACCAGGAGUAUCAUCACCUCGACGGGAGUUUAAAGCUUUGAUGCAGCCUCAAACCACAUGUUUUGUAUUUGGUUUUUACUACAUGGACCAUUCCUCAUCCAGCGUGCUUUGAAAGAGCACUGCAACAAUACUGCUAUCAUGUAGAAAGAGCCUCUACAGCGACCUCAUAGACUGCACCAGUCUGAAGCAGAAGAGAUUCAGGGAAGGAGAUGUCUUUAAGAUAAACCAAAGACAUUCAAAUAAUCCCCAAAAUGUGGGAGCCAAUGUUUGUCUUUGUCUGUUUUAUGUUUAAGAUUUCAUCUAGAGAGUCAUCCUUUAUCAGUAUUAAUCAACCUCUUAAUCACUAAUUGCAGAGCAAAAGGUUUGUAUGUUGAUUUUCAUCCAAAAUAAUGUUUGUCUUAUAAGUUGAACUUCAAGCACAGUGCAAUUAGCAGCAGUCUGUUAUCAGAUGGUCUCAAAUUUAGUUUACAUAUUUGUAAAUAUUUGAAGGUCUUUCUGUUUACACUUUAAAAUAUUUAUUUUGCAUUUCAUAAUAUAUUUGAUUGAUAAACAUAAAGAUGAUAAAUGCUAAAACUUAGAUGACCAGAUCCAGUUUAAUGCUUGUUGGAAUGGUUUAAUCUCAAUCCGGAUACUUGAAACACAAAGCCAACAGGUCUCCCAUAAUUCCAAGAUGAUCAGGUAGAUUGGAUUUUUCAUUGCACUAUAAUUAUCUGUAAUUUGUCCUGUUUUAUAAAUUAAUUGCUUUGUCUUUCUAUGUAUUUAUUUGUAAAUCACAUUUUAUUUAUUUUCAAAAAGACAUUAAUACAAGUUAUUUCCUUCUUCAUCUACAGAACUAAGAUCCUUUGUAUUUCUAUAUUAACAUGAAUCUAUUUGAAGAGUCUUCUGUUUGUGUCCACCACUUUGAAAGAAAUUUCCAAGUUUGAAAAGCACAGAACAUAAAAAGGCCCACAAUAAAAAAAAAUAUAUUAAAAAAAAAACGUCAUAAAGAACAGGCAAUUAUGUCCUUGAGCCUAAAGCUCGAUAGACGAGGUGGAGUUUAUACCAGUGAUCCAAAGGUGUCAUAACCUUUCUUCCCUCUUUACUGCUCGCCAUUGUUUCCUUAUAUUACCUUCCUUUUGGUGUAUGUGAUGUGUAGCACAAUAAAA